GGUAGUUUACGAUACCAUUUGACCCAAAACUAUUCUCCAAUUUCGACUUGGAAAAGUCCCAUUGCAGCCUGACAACUCCCAGUGAGCUCUCCCCGGUGAGCCCGAGAGCCCUCCUGGUCCGCCGUCUCCUUGUCAAGCAGCUUAUGGAUGCGCGGUUCUCCGAGUUGUUUUCCUCAGAAAAUGGACACGACCGCGGCGGCUCUCGGACUGAAGUGAAGACGGGGAACGGUUGCGACCUGACCCCCGCCACCACAAGGGCUUCUGCCAAGAAGAAGAGACCGAAUGCGCGACACCUUCGCAGCGUCAAACCGAGCUAUAACACCUCUUAUUUACCCCCAGAGGUAGAAGAAGGGAAUAUAGAGUACAAGCUCAAGCUUGUGGACCCUACGCAAAGCCGUUUCGAGCACCUGGUAACGCAAAUGAAAUGGCGGCUCCAGGAGGGUCGCGGUGAAGCUGUCUAUCAGAUCGGAGUGGAGGACAACGGCAUGUUGGUGGGGCUGUCCGAGGAGGACAUGAAAGCGUCCCUCACCACCCUCCAUGAUAUGGCUCAGAAAGUUGGGGCUGACAUGACAGUCCUUCGACAUGCAGAGGUGGACUACGACGCUGAUCAGCCUCUUACAAUUGCCGAGGUCUUAAUUCGUAAGGUGCCAGAUGACCAGCAGUUCCUGGACUUGCGAGUAGCCGUACUCGGUAAUGUGGACUCGGGCAAGUCAACUCUGCUGGGUGUUUUGACGCAAGGUGAGCUGGAUAAUGGACGGGGUAGGGCAAGACUGAACCUCUUCAGGCACCUCCAUGAAAUCCAGACAGGGCGCACAUCUAGUAUCAGUUUUGAGAUUCUCGGGUUCAACAGUAAAGGAGAAGUUGUGAACUACAGCGAGUCUCGAACGGCAGAGGAGAUUUGCGAGAGUGCUUCUAAAAUGAUCACAUUCAUUGAUCUGGCGGGUCACCACAAAUACUUGAAGACCACCAUCUUUGGCCUCACCAGCUACUGCCCUGAUUUCGCCAUGCUCGUCGUCGGUGCAAAUACCGGCAUAGCUGGCACGACACGGGAGCACCUUGGUCUGGCCAUGGCCCUGAAGGUGCCCAUCUUCAUUGUCAUCAGCAAAGUGGACCUGUGCACACGGGCUACCGUGGACCGGACGUUGCGGCAGCUGGAGCGAGUCCUCAAACAGCCGGGCUGCAACAAGGUGCCCAUGCUUGUGGCUAACACGGAUGAUGCCGUCGCCGCGGCCCAGCAGUUUGCCCAGUCGCCCAACAUCACACCUGUCUUCACCGUGUCCAGUGUGUCUGGAGAGAACCUGGACCUGCUGAAGGUCUUCUUCAACAUAAUCCCCCCGCUCAGCAACAGCAAGGAGCAGGAGGAGCUCAUGCAGCAGCUCACUGAGUUUCAGGUGGAUGAGAUCUACACGGUGCCUGAAGUGGGGACUGUGGUGGGUGGUACUCUGUCCAGUGGUAUUUGCCGUGAGGGAGACGAUCUGGUGGUCGGACCCACAGACUCUGGCCAGUUCCAUAAGUUGACUGUUGGGAGCAUCCAGAGGAACCGAUCCGCUUGCAGAGUGCUUCGGGCUGGGCAGGCUGCCACGUUGGCGCUCGGCAACUUCGACCGCACGUUGCUGCGAAAGGGAAUGGUGAUGGUGAGUCCAGAGAUGGACCCGACCAUCUGCUGGAUAUUUGAGGCCGAUAUUGUGCUGCUCUUCCACUCCAAGACCUUCCACAAGGGUUUCCAGGUGACCGUGCACAUAGGCAACGUGAGACAGACCGCUACUGUGGAGGCUGUUUAUGGCAAAGAGGAGCUGAGGACAGGCGAGAAGGCAGGCGUCCAGUUCAAAUUCCUCAAGCAUCCCGAGUAUUUGAAGCUGGGUGCCAAGGUGCUCUUCAGGGAAGGCGUCACCAAGGGCAUUGGCCACGUCACCAAGCUGCAUCCCAUCGUGCAGUACCACCACGCCCCGGAGAGUGACGAGGACGAAGACGAGGACUAGAAAGUCAGUGCACUCCCAUCCCUGAAAAACACCUUGUGUCUUUUUUUUUAACAGACAAGCUUCCACCAAAGGCCACUUUGCACUCUCCUUCACCCAUAUGACGUAAACAAAAAAAACAUUUAUAGAUUGCCUUGCCUUCAAGAUACUUUUAAAGCCAACACAAUGUAGCCUCACACAGACACACACACACACACACACACCCAUUCACACAAUCGAAGACUUGCUGUCAUGAAAUGGAAGUUAGCAAGUAAUUCAUACACAGAGCUGAAUGAUUACUUGAUAAUAAUUAUAUAAAAUGGGAAUAAAUAUCACAAAGCUAAAUACUCAAAACAGAAUUUGCAAGAGUAUUGCUAUAUGUAGGUAAAAGUAUAAGAGAGAAGAAAAUGCGAAAAGUGAUAAAGGGGGAAGCAAAUGUGGCAAUUCUACUGGAACAAACUACGCACUGUCCAAAAUACUGCCCUAGUAAAUUUUUACAUUAAUUUCAGCUAAAUCCUACAUUCAUAAAGUAAAAGAAAAAAAGAAAAGAACCCACCUUAAGCUAUUUUUUUACAGAAUUGUUUUUGUAUGUGUUUUUUGCUGGGGAGAAGGGGGAGGUGGCAUGACAAUUUAGAUGUUUUCCCAAAUUGUUCUUACCAUAUUUUGGUUUGGAAACAUUGUACAAUUUGUAUGAGCAAAAUGUUUGAGGGGAAAAAACAUUUUCCCCCACAUUUUUCUCCAAUAUGUGGUCUAAAAAUAAAUCAUCACCAUUACAAUUUUUUUUCUGAAAUUGAAAUCAUCACAAUUACAUAUUUUCCACAAAUCACUGCUGCAAUAUUGAGGGUGGGGGGAAUUAUCACAAUGAGAUACUUUCCCCAGAUUAUUGUUGAAUUAUUUCGGAGCAGGGGGCAAAAAAAAAAAUCCAAAGUUGAAUCUAUUCUCUCCAAAUCAUUCAGCCCCGUUGUUCACACGUUACUGUGGGCUUUAUAUCACUUUUAUCCUGAUAUUUCCAUCGAUUGUAACUCUUUUAAACUCAUCAAAGCUGACUGCGUUUUAAACUCCCACCUGCACGAGUACCGUAGAGGUGUUUACAUCUCAGUGCACACACGCAGCACUCGUAUUGCGGAAGGGGAGAAGCUGUACUCACUUGCACUGAAACACAUCACAAACCUUCCUAAAGAUGGUGUUGACACAGCUGAUGCAACUGUGAAGCGUACUUAAACACACACAGCAAUUUGUCUUUGUCCAAACAGCAUAAUGAGUGAUUUGACUGAAAACUGUAAAGGGAGUUCAAAUAGACAAAACUAUUGGGAUAUGGUUGUUAACACCCACAGUGCUGUACAAAAAGUCUUAGGUAGCCACAAGAACCAUAAAAUGUCGAUUGAAAUUGUUGAUAUAGGCAGAACAGUCCACCCCUCAGAAUGGUAAUAAUGGCACUGCCGAUCUGUUGGUCAUCAUCCAUUAACCAAGAAGUAGUGAACACAUAACAUGCCUCUCGAUGCUUGUACACUGGAACCUCAGACUUUGAACAUAAUUCGUUGUUAGGAAGUGUUCAAAGUCCGAGUUGUUCAACUUCCAAAACACAUUUUUCCAUAGGCAAUAAUGCAAAUGGGAUUAAUCUGUUCGCAACCUCCAAAUAGUAAAUUCCCAUUUUAAUUCCUAUACAUGUAAAAACGUACACCCUUCAUUUAAAAAGGGAAAAAAUGCAUAAACUCAAAGGAACCUAAAUGUGUAUCAUUUACCUUUUUGGUGGCGGUGCAAUGAUGUCGUAGAGACUGGAGUGGGAAGAAGGAAGUGUCGAAAUCACCCCUCCAUGAUUUGACUGCGUGAUUCUCCAGUAGUUUUUCCAUUUAUUCUAU